AUCUCACUGAUAAGAGAAGUUUCUAUUUUACGAAAAAACUUUUUUUUUUUAAAAAGGAUAUUGCUCUUGAAACUAACGGCGUGUAAUUGUCUUACAAGAUCAAAGGCGAAAGGAUCGUGUCUACUGAGUUGACCAAUAUGUUCUCUGCGGUUCUUGCGAUUCUUGUCUCAUUUGUUUCUAUGGAAAAUACACGUGGUCAGGUAGCAACUCCUUGUGACGUAGAUUACUACAAACUGGGAUGUUACAUAGACCAGUACUACUCACGUGGUCUACCUCAGUUGCUCUUCACAGACAGAGACAGAUCUUCGCCAUACUUUCAACAGUAUAUUAACUGGAAAAACUGGGACCAGUAUUUGCAUAGCCUUGCCUGUCGUUGUGCCAGUGAAGCUCGCAACCGCAACUUCAGCAUGUUUGGCCUUCAGUACUACGGUGAAUGCUGGGCUGGGGCAGGAGCAUGYGAUACAUACGGACAACUGGGUUACUCUCAACACUGUGUCAGCAGGAAUUACACCCGAUGUGAUAACGAUGAUGAAAAUGAGUGUGUUGGGGGAGCAAACGCUAACUAUGUCUACCUCCUGACUGAAUAACAGAUGGCACAUCAAUGGAAAGAGUGAAUUAUCGGCAGUAAUGAUGAUGGUAUAUCGAUAUUUAUUUAUUAGCUUUGUUUGUGGAUGAGUAUCGUUAUUAAAGAUGGAUAGGCAUAGAUA